GGGACGCGUCCGGGCGCCAGCGGGCCGCGCGCGGAGAUGGGCCCCGCGGGACGCAUCGUCACCAUCAGGAGGAGCGGCGCGGACGGGCCCCCCUUCCCCCUGAGCCGCAGCGCCUGCCUGUUCGGAAGAGCCAUCGAAUGUGACAUUCGCAUCCAGCUCCCCGUGGUGUCCAAACAGCACUGCAAGAUAGAGAUCAGCGAACAGGAGGUAACAUUGAUUAAUUUCAGUUCCACGAAUCCAACACAAGUGAAUGGAUCUGCUAUUGAUGGAGCCGUGCAGCUGAGGCAUGGAGAUGUCAUAACUAUUGUCGAUCGAUCUUUCAGGUAUGAAGACGAGAGUCGGCAGGAUGAAAGCAGCCUGGCUGGCCUGCCUGGACAGAGGCGGGAGCAGGAAUCCACGCGGCGAGUCUCAAGAUCUGGCUGUUCUUCUGACUCUGGUGGGAGCUUUCAAGAGCCUGAUGCCCCUUCAAGUCUCACGGAAGGAAGCGUCCCGGGGAGGCCUCUGGUGCGUGGGAAGAGUGUGGAGGAUGCGGGUCCCGCGCCCGAGGGCUCAGAGCUGCCCCGAGGCCACGGCGGACCCGCAGCAAGUGCCCCUGCCAGGGCAGAAGCCAGUGUGCCCCCGGGGAGCUGUGGCGCAGGGGUGGGGACCCCCGCACAGCGGCCGGCGAGGAGGAGCAAGAGCGCAUCUCCCUUUAGGAGGCUUUAUGAGUCCAUGAAGGAAGAGUUAGACGUGAAGUCAGAGAAGGAAAAUGUUCUACAGGAGCGGAGAAAGUCAGGGGCGCACAGGCUUUGCACGGAAGCCCCAGAAAGUGCCGGUGGCCUACAGGCUGAGGUGCAAGCACCGGCCCCCCUGAAAUCCAGAAGGAAGUCGGGGCAAAGCUCCCAGGUCAAGGCAGACCCUGCUGGGGGAGAAGGAGGGAGCAGCCAGGCUGGGGAGCAGAGGGCCCAGGAGGGGUCCGGGCAGCACCUCGGGGUCGCCGCCAGCCCGGCCUGUCCCCGCCCUGGGACCCCUGGGACGCCGCACUCUCAACAGAAUUCCUCACGGAAGCGUCGGCGUGAAGACCCGGCUGGCCUGGCUGCUGCUGCGUCUGAGAGUCAGGGUCAGAGCCCAGGCCUCGGGGCCGAGGAGGGAGCGUUUACUCCCUGGACGUUCCUACCUGGAGGUCAGACACCCGCGAAGGGGGCGCGUGCCGAGAGCUCUCAACCGACCCCAGACGCGCUCUCCAAGAGGAGGCAGAGCAGCCCCGCGCGCAUUGCGGGCCUCGGGCCAGACCCCGGGACGCCGCGUCCAGCGGUUUUAGCUCCGCUGCCCGUCCAGCUCGAAAGGAGGGUUCAGAAGGACCCCCUCCAGCAGCCUGAGAAGCUGGGGCCGCCUGGCCUCAGCCCCGCCAGCCUCAGCGACGUUGCCGAUCCCAUCAGUAGGAUGGAGGGAGCAGCUCUGAAGAGAAGGCGGGUCUCCUUUGGUGGUCGGCUAAGACCUGAAUUAUUCGACGAGAACUUACCUCCUAACACACCCCUGAAGCGAGGAGAAACGCCCGUGAGGAGGAGGUCUCUGGCGCCCCACACUCCCGCCGUCCUGAAGAAAAUCAUCAAGGAACAGCCUCAACUCCAUGCAAGGGAAGCUGCUUCAGAAAUGCAUUUGGAACCUGCGAGCCCUGCAGCCCAGAAUGCUGGGGAGGCUUCCCCAGUGACCAGGGGUCCUCGUCGUCAGUCCGUCGAGGCGGCCAUCGCCCCUGGGGAAGGCAGAUCCCCUCACGCCACCCACACGCCCAAGAGCAGGAGGAGGAGCAGCGGCUUGUCUUCGCGGAGGGCCUCCCUGGGGCGCGGGCGGCAGGGCGUCCUACAGAUGAUCUGCUCCAGGAGAAGGAGCGGCGCCUCCGAGGCCAACUUGCUGGUGGCCAAGUCGUGGGCAGACGUGGUCAAACUCGGUGCCAAGCAAACACAGGUCAGAGCCGCGAAGCCCCCACAGAGACAGGUGCACAAGAAGCCCAGGAAGGCCCACACCCCGAAGAAGCCGGCUGCGGGCGGCAUGCACCUGCCCCAGUUCAGCACUGGCCACGCCAACUCCCCCUGCACCAUCACCAUUGGGAGGGCACAGCUCCAGAGGGUCAGCGGCCCCGCCCGGCCCCACAGGGUGCUGAGCCACCUGGUGUUCAGCCGGAGAGCAGACUUCAGUGAGGACCUUUCAGGGCUCACCGAGAUGUUCAAGACCCCGGCGAGAGAGAAGCCUCAAGCUGCGCGCUCCGGGCCCGACUCCAAGGAUUUGCUUGGAGAAACGUUUCAAGAGCCUAACGCGGGAGGAAAGUCCCUGAUGCGCGCCGCGGGGGAUUCCGAAGAGAGUUUGUUCCUCAGCGCUCAGGACGCGGCAACACGCCCAUCUGAUAGUUUUGCAAGUCCUGUCCUAAGACGACAGUGCACCAAAGCAAGGGAAGAUGACACUGUGACAACACGCAGGAGCAUCUGUAAAAUGGCAGGGGUUGGGAUAAGUCCCAGGUGGGAGACGAAGCCUCUGGAGGCAGCAUCGGGCUCUAGCAAGGCCAGAAGGUCUGCGGAGCUUGGGGCUGUGCAGAUGGCAGCCGCUGAGUGUGGGCCCGGAGACGCGAACCCCCCUGGUGCUGAGCACACCUGGGGGACGCCACAGAGGAAAACACCACGCCAGGAACAGAAACUAGACGGGGAGGUGAAGGCAGGUGAAAGGUCUUUUGAAACAUGUAAGAAAAGCAUCAAAUUGGAAGAAAGUUCUGAAGCGACGACGGCUGUGAGAUCAGGAAGAACAUCAGAGCUGCCGUGGGGAGGAACAGAUGUGACUGGGCUCCAGAGACCACACCAGGCAGAACCCAAGCAAACCCUGGCCAGCCCCCAGAGUCACCUCCAGACUCUAGGUCCUGCAGAAGGACCGAUGGUCUCCAGGGACAGAACCACCCAAAUGCCCUGCAAAUCUGCCAAGCCGGAACCAAUGGGCACGCCAAGCAGCACAAACAGACGGCUCAGGACACCUCUGGGGAAAGAGGACCAGCUCCCUGCUCUCAGGAAGCCCUUGGGCACGCCAGGGGGCACCACACUGGCACGGGGAAUGCAAGCAGGAGGUGACCAAGAGGCCGGACUGUGGCAGGAAACCCCAGCGCAGAACCUGGGCUCGGCGGAAGACGUAAAGAGGAGUAAGAGGCGGCCAAGCACUCCCAGGGCCAAGGCCCAGCCCUCGGAGGACCUGGCUGGCCUCACGGAGCUCUUCCGAACCCCAGGUCCCACCCAGGCUCCAGUGGCUGGUGACAGAGCCAGGACACUCUGCGAGUCUCCAGAACCAGAGCCCGUCAGCACACCCAGGAAUAGGAGAAGACUGUCCAAGACCCCUCUGGGCAAAGUGGCUCCGAAAGGGGAGCCCUCCACUCUCAGAAAGUCCAUGGGCACGCCCGGGGCAGAGCACGCUCACCCAGAACCUGUAGGACAUGAUGAGGCCACUCCAUCAUCUCAGGAAACUCCACAACACAUACUGGACUCGGCAGAAGACGUCACUGGCGGUAAUCGGCAACCAAGCACUCCCAGGGCCAAGGCCCAGCCCUCGGAGGACCUGGCUGGCCUCACAGAGCUCUUCCGAACCCCAGUUAGAGCCCAGGCACCAGUGAUUAAUAAUAGAACCACCCAAAUGCCUUGCAGAUCUCCAAAAACAGAACGAGUGGACACGCCAAGACGACUCAGGACACCUCUGGGGAAAGUGGACCAACUCCCUGCUCUCAGGACACCCUCGGGCAUGCCAGGGGGCACAGCACGCACACACCAAGGAGCUGUAGGGCAUGAUGAGGGCACCCCGUUAUUUCAGGAAACUCCACAACAGAUACUGGACUCAGCAGAAGUUAUAACUGGUGGUAAGAGACGACCAAGCACUCCCAGGGCCAAGGCCCAGUCCUCGGAGGACCUGGCUGGCCUCACGGAGCUCUUCCGAACCCCAGGUCCCGCCCAGGCGCCAGUGGCUGGUGACAGAGCCAGGACACUCUGCGAGUCUCCAGAACCAGAGCCCGUCAGCACACCCAGGAAUAAGAGGAGACUGUCCAAGACCCCUCUGGGCAAAGUGGCCCUGGAAGAGGAGCCCACCGCACUCAGAAAGUCCAUGGGCACGCCCGGGGGCAGAGCACGCUCACACCCAAAACCUGUAGGGCAUGAUGAGGGCACCCCAUCAUCUCAGGAAACUCCACAAUAUGUACUGGACUCGGCAGAAGAUGUAACGGGCAGUAAGAGGCGACCAAGAACACCCAAGGCCAAGGCCCAGCCCUCGGAGGACCUGGCUGGCCUCACGGAGCUCUUCCGAACCCCAGGUCCCGCUCAGGAGCCAGUGAUUAAUGACAGAACCACCCAAAUGCCCUGCAAAUCUGCCAAGCCGGAACCAGUGGGCACGCCAAGCAGCACAAACAGACAGCUCAGGACACCUCUGGGGAAAGAGGACCAGCUCCCCGCUCUCAGGAAGCCCUCGGGCACGCCAGGGGGCACCACACUGGCACGGGGAAUGCAAGCAGGCGGUGACCAAGAGGCCGGACUGUGGCAGGAAACCCCAGCGCAGAACCUGGGCUCGGCAGAAGACGUAAAGAGGAGUAAGAGGCGGCCAAGCACUCCCAGGGCCAAGGCCCAGCCCUCGGAGGACCUGGCUGGCCUCACGGAGCUCUUCCGAACCCCAGGUCCCGCCCAGGCUCCAGUGGCUGGUGACAGAGCCAGGACACUCUGCGAGUCUCCAGAACGAGAGCCCGUCAGCACACCCAGGAAUAAAAGGAGACUGUCCAAGACCCCUCUGGGCAAAGUAGCUCUGAAAGGAGAGCCCUCCACUCUCAGAAAGUCCAUGGGCACGCCCGGGGGCAGAGCACGCUCACACUCAGAACUUGUUGGGGAUGAGGAGGACCCCCCAUCAUCCCAGGAAACUCCACAACACAUACUGGACUCGGCAGAAGACGUCACUGGCGGUAAUCGGCAACCAAGCACUCCCAGGGCCAAGGCCCAGCCCUCGGAGGACCUGGCUGGCCUCACAGAGCUCUUCCGAACCCCAGUUAGAGCCCAGGCACCAGUGAUUAAUAAUAGAACCACCCAAAUGCCUUGCAGAUCUCCAAAAACAGAACGAGUGGACACGCCAAGACGACUCAGGACACCUCUGGGGAAAGUGGACCGACUCCCUGCUCUCAGGACACCCUCGGGCAUGCCAGGGGGCACAGCACGCACACACCAAGGAGCUGUAGGGCAUGAUGAGGGCACCCCGUUAUUUCAGGAAACUCCACAACAGAUGCUGGACUCAGAAGAAGUUAUAACUGGCGGUAAGAGGCGACCAAGCACUCCCAGGGCCAAGGCCCAGCCUUUGGAGGACCUGACUGGCCUCACAGAGCUCUUCCGAACCCCAGGUCCCGCCCAGAAACCAACAAGUAGUGACAGAGCCACCCAGGUACGCUGCAUGUCUCCAAAGGCAGAACCAGUCAACAUGCCAACUGGUGGAAAGAGACAACUCAAGACAACUCCGUGGGAAGUGGACGGUCACCCAGCUCUUGGGCAUCCAACAGGAACGCCAGGGGCCAAGCAGAAACUGGACUUGGCUGAAGAUAAAAUUGGCAGUAAGAGGGCACCAAGAACACCCAAGGCCAAGGCCCAGGUCUCGGAGGACCUGGCUGGGCUCACGGAGCUCUUCCGAACCCCAGGUCCCGCCCAGGUGCCAGUGGCUGGUGACAGAGCCAGGACACUCUGCGAGUCUCCAGAACCAGAGCCCGUCAGCACACCCAGGAAUAAGAGGAGACUGUCCAAGACCCCUCUGGGCAAAGUGGCCCCGGAAGAGGAGCCCACCACUCUCAGAAAGUCCAUGGGCACGCCCGGGGGCAGAGCACGCUCAUACCCAGAACCUGUAGGGCAUGAUGAGGGCACCCCAUCAUCUCAGGAAACUCCACAAUAUGUACUGGACUUGGCAGAAGAUGUAACGGGCAAUAAGAGGCGACCAAGAACACCCAAGGCCAAGACCCAGCCCUCGGAGGACCUGGCUGGCCUCACGGAGCUCUUCCGAACCCCAGGUCCCACUCAGGAGCCAGUGAUUAAUGACAGAACCACCCAAAUGCCCUGCAAAUCUGCCAAGCCGGAACCAGUGGGCACGCCAAGCAGCACAAACAGACAGCUCAGGACACCUCUGGGGAAAGAGGACCAGCUCCCCGCUCUCAGGAAGCCCUCGGGCACGCCAGGGGGCACCACACUGGCACGGGGAAUGCAAGCAGGCGGUGACCAAGAGGCCGGACUGUGGCGGGAAACCCCAGCGCAGAACCUGGGCUCGGCAGAAGACGUAAAGAGGAGUAAGAGGCGGCCAAGCACUCCCAGGGCCAAGGCCCAGCCCUCGGAGGACCUGGCUGGCCUCACGGAGCUCUUCCGAACCCCAGGUCCCACCCAGGCUCCAGUGGCUGGUGUCAGAGCCAGGACACUUUGCGAGUCUCCAGAACCAGAGCCCGUCAGCACACCCAGGAAUAAGAGGAGACUGUCCAAGACCCCUCUGGGCAAAGUUGCCCUGGAAGAGGAGCCCACCGCGCUCAGAAAGUCCAUGGGCACGCCCGGGGGCAGAGCACACUCACACCCAGAAUCUGUAGGACAUGAUGAGGCCACUCUAUCAUCUCAGGAAACUCCACAACAUAUAGAGGACUUGGCAGAAGAUGUAACGGGCAGUAAGAGGCGACCAAGAACACCCAAGGCCAAGGCCCAGCCCUCGGAGGACCUGGCUGGCCUCACGGAGCUCUUCCGAACCCCAGGUCCCGCUCAGGAGCCAGUGAUUAAUGAUAGAACCACCCAAAUGCCCUGUAAAUCCGCCAAGCCGGAACCAGUGGGCACGCCGAGCAGCACAGACGGACGGCUCAGGACACCUCUGGGGAAAGAGGACCAGCUCCCCGCUCUCAGGAAGCCCUCGGGCACGCCAGGGGGCGCCACACUGGCACAGGGAAUGCAAGCAGGCGGUGACCAAGAGGCCGGACUGUGGCAGGAAACCCCAGCGCAGAACCUGGGCUCGGCAGAAGACGUAAAGAGCAGUAAGAGGCGGCCAAGCACUCCCAGGGCCAAGGCCCAGCCCUCGGAGGACCUGGCUGGCCUCACGGAGCUCUUCCGAACCCCAGAUAGGGCCCAGGCACCAGUGGUUGGUGACAGAGCUGCCCAGAUUCCCCGCACAUCUGCAGAACCAGAACCUGUCGUCAUGCCAACAAGCAAGAGGCGGCGGCUUGGGGCGCCUCCCAGGAGUGCAGGCGUAGAAGGGGAGCCCCCGGCCCCCAGGAAGUCCACGCGGACAGUGAGGAAAACCACGCGAGGGCACCAGGAGCCCCUGGGCAAUGAUGAACGCAUCAAAUUGUCUCAGGAAACAGCGGAGCAGAAACCGGACAAGGCAGAGAAUCUAACAGGAGGUAAGAGGCAGCCAAGGGCAGCCAGGGCCAAGGCCCAGCCCUCGGAGGACCUGGCCAGGUCCAUGGAGCUCUCCCAGCCCCCACGCCGCGCCCGGGACGCGGGGGCUACAGUCAGGACCACCCAAAUCCCCCGCACAUCCCCACUGCCAGAACCUGCGGUGCCUGCAGCUAGACCCCGACGGCUCAGGGCGCCUCCGGAGACAGAGGGUGUGGAGGAAGAGCACCACGCUUCCAGGAAGCCCACGCGGGCGGCCACGGCAGCCAGGCGCACACAGAGAGAGCCAGGAGAGGGUGACGAGAACAUGGCUCCACCAAAGGAGACCGUGCAGCAGAAGCAGGGCGCUGAGGGCACUGUCGUGGGAGGCCAGAAGCCACUGAGAAGCUCCAGGAGGAAGGCCCAGGCCCCAGGAGGCUCUGCUGACUCCACGGAGCUCUUCCAGGAGCCAGUUGCUGUUGACAGAGUCCCCGAGAUGCCCUGCAAGUCCCUACCAGCGGAACCAAGCAUGCCAGCGAGCAAGAAGGGUAGGGCCAGGGCGCCCCCCGCAGAGGAGCAUGUGCAGAUGGCGCCCCCAGCUCCCAGGAAGUCCUCGCGGAUGGCAGGCAGAGGCACGCACACCCCCAGCGAGCCCGAAGGCACUGGCACGGGCCUGGCACCGGCGAGGGUCGCCUCCAUGCAGGAAGUAGACUGUGUGGAGAGCGUGACGGGCAGCAAGAGGCAGCCAAGGGCAAGCAAGGCGAAGACGCGGCCUCUCGCUGCAACGGCCACCGGUAAGGAGGGCCUCCAGGAGCUGGGUCAGGCCCAGGCACUGGGCAGCACUGGUGAGGAGGUGAGCAAGACCCCCCAGCAAAUGCCCGAUGUCGGGAUACCCAGAAGAGCGCUGAGGGCCCCUAAAGGGCCACCCAGGGAGGAGCUGGCACGCACCAGGAACUCUGGGAAUUCACAGAGAGGGGGGCUGCCCUCCCUGGCCCCCCAGGAAGACGGCAGGGCAGUUGGACGCCUGGCUGGCACGAAGCGGCUGCGCUCAGGGACCCCUCCGCCAGGGGCCAUGGGGGAGAAGCCAGACCCCAAGAAGCGCCGCACAGCUCCCAGAGAGGCAGACGAGCCUCCCCAGCCCCCGGCAGCGAAGAAAAGUCAGCGGACUGUGGGGAAAAGGACAGCGCCUGCGCAAGACCCGCCCAGCGUGGAGACCCAGACGGCCGGACCCCGCGGGGGCCAUGCUGCCCCCAGUGCAGAUAAGGGGCGGUCCCUGCGCGCCAGACGGCCAGACAAGACCGACGCAGAAGGCCGGAGCCCCGAGUGUCUUACACCCGCUGAGAAGGUGACACUAAAGAGGAAUGAGAAGCGGCCCGUGAAGACCGCCCCGGAGACGGAGCCUCGGCAUGUGGUGGGCGCGGCCACAGCGCGGGGCAAGGCCCGCGGGAGCCCACGCAGCCUGAGAUCCGGGAGGCGGAAUGAGAAGCCCCUGCCUGGUGCGGCCGAGGACAGCGCCGGGGAGGUGCGGAAAGAGGAAGCCGCGGUGGCCAAGCCCGCCCCCGGCAGCCUGAGGCCCAGGAGGCCGGCGAGCAACGCGGCGGGGCCGGCCCGGCAGAGGGAGCCCCCACCGCGGGCGACUCGGGGCACCAAGACGGGCGCCGCGGAGGCGACAGAGAAGGGCAGGAACGUGAGUGCCCGGAAGAUGCGCACAAGAAGUUGCCGGGACCACAGAGAUGUUUAGCUCAGAAGUUGAAACGGAGCAGAAAAGUGACCGACUUACUUCAGUGCUAAGUCCAGACACACGACUGCCGUACAGCUGAGCGCGACUCCUGUAAAUAGUCCACCCGGGUGCUGAAGGGAAGAAAGCUUCUAAUUUUCUUGCUGGGAAUGAUCUUGAAAGCCCCACCAGGGUCUGGAGGGGGCUGCUGUUUUUCACAAAAUGAUAAAAAUGUAACGGGUGUGUGGGGGGGUGGUUUGGGUCUGGGGGGGCCUCCGCUUUGGGAAAUGAAGCCGUGGGCUCCUCACAGCCCCGGCGAGCAAAGCACUUGCCUUGUAAAUGCUUGUGUGUCGUCUGUGUCCUCCACGGAAUGUGACGGGCAGGGCCCUGUCCUUGGUCCUGCCAGGCAGCUACUCAGGAGACGUGAAGGACUGGCGAGGGGGGGCGUUCAGGGUCCUGGCAGUACGCACCUCUACGAGGGGUGGCAUUUGCUCCCCGCUGGGGCCGUCAGUCACCUGGACAGUCCAUCCGUGCCUUACCCUGGCGGCGUGGACUGUGGAUCCGAGCGGGCGCGCGAGCCGGUCGGAGCGGCUGUCGCUGUGUUCCAGGUCUGACGUGCGUCUUCACGUCGGGAGUGCCCGUCUCGCUGAGAUUGCUCUCGGCCGAGAAGGCGUCCACUCACUAGGCCUCAAGGCCGUCCCCAGGUGCCCCCCAGUCCACUCAGCCCUCGGCGUCUGCGCUUCUCUGUCAUUUCCAUUUCCUGGGCACCUGUCCCACCCGUUCCUUCCCUGUGUGCCCGGCUCCCCUCCGUACAGGAGGCAACAUGACCGUCCUCCAGAGGCGGGGCCUUCCUGAUGGCGACAGCGCGGCCCCUCCACAAUUCCCCACCGUUCUGUGCCCGACGGUGCCCACAUCCCUGUGGCGGGCUGCGGGCUCCAGUCUCAGCCCCGAUUCCCUGCCUGCCAGGCGCCCUUUUCAUGUCCACUCGGCCCUAUUCCUCUGCUCCGAGUCCGCAAGCAGAGCCCUUCCCUCCGGCAGCCGCGCACUGGCCGGGCGAAGGACGGAGGACAAGGUCACCGUGCUGAGACUGAGCUGGAAGAGUUUGUACCCCCGUGUCUGGCGUGCAGCCAGGGAUGCAAAGAAAUAAAUAUUUGCUAAGGAAUCGUGAACUGGGGGUGUCUGAAUCA